UACUACGUCAGUGUACAUCACAGGGGCACACAGGACCUUUUUGCUUCAGGUACUCGGGGUGACUCCCUGCACGGAAAAAAGCGAAUCCCGGUCCCCCUAAGACGCUCUGACCUUCCCACCAAGAAAGGAUCUGGUAUCCGAGCACACGCUGGCCAAAGUCCAACAGCAGCAGAGCAGUGGAGCAGGGAGCUGUCCGCGGUGCUGAAUUCAUCAGCUAACAGAAAUCCCCAUUGCACACUCAUGUGCUUGGGCCGCUCCUGAUAGCUCCCAUUCCUAGCAGCAACUGACCACCACCUCCACAUCCAAGAUGGACGACGACGGGCGUUACAGAGACGGCCGCUCAGACUUUGUCCGCGGCGCCAAGGACAUUGCCAAAGUGGCCAAGAAACAGGUUGGCAAGAAGAUGGGGCGCGGCGUGGACAAACUUGGCGAUGAGUACACCAAGCGCUCCUAUAAACGAUUCGAGGAGGAAGACGAUGACGACGACUACGCCGGCGCGCCGAGCAACGACGGAGGAUAUUACCGCAACGACAGCCGGGCCAAUGACGAUGAGGGUCACAGCGACUCCACCGAAGGACACGAUGAGGAUGACGAGAUCUACGAGGGGGAGUACCAGGGCAUCCCCAGGGCCGACUCGGGCAAGGCCGGUCACCUGGAUGGGGUGACCACCGCUCAGGCGCAGCAGUUCAGGGAUCUGUCGGCCUACGAGGGCGAGAGGAGGAAAGACCAGGAGGAGCUGGCCCAGCAGUACGAGACCAUCCUGCAGGAGUGUGGCCACGGGAAGUUCCAGUGGACGCUCUACUUUGUCCUAGGGCUGGCACUGAUGGCGGACGGCGUGGAGAUCUUUGUGGUCGGCUUCGUGCUGCCCAGCGCAGAGAAGGACAUGUGUCUAUCUGAGCCCAACAAGGGCAUGCUGGGUCUGAUCGUGUACCUGGGGAUGAUGGUGGGAGCCUUCGUGUGGGGCGGCCUGGCUGACCGGAUCGGCCGGCGGCAGACCCUCCUCAUCUCCCUCUCCAUCAACAGCGUCUUUGCCUUCUUCUCGUCCUUCGUCCAGGGCUACGUCUCCUUCCUCUUCUGCCGCCUGGCCUCUGGUGUGGGCAUUGGCGGCUCCAUCCCCAUCGUGUUUUCCUAUUACUCUGAGUUCCUGGCCCAGGAGAAGCGAGGAGAGCAUCUGAGCUGGCUCUGCAUGUUCUGGAUGAUCGGUGGUAUCUACGCCUCCGCCAUGGCCUGGGCCAUCAUCCCACACUAUGGUUGGAGUUUCCAGAUGGGCUCAGCCUACCAGUUCCACAGCUGGCGUGUCUUUGUGCUGGUGUGUGCCUUCCCGUCUGUUGCGGCCAUCUCUGCCCUCACCACCAUGCCAGAGAGCCCUCGCUUUUUCCUGGAGAAUGGGAAACAUGACGAGGCGUGGAUGAUUCUGAAGCAGGUCCACGACACCAACAUGAGGGCCAAGGGCUACCCAGAGAGGGUUUUCUCUGUGACCACCAUCAAAACGGUGAAGCAGAUGGAUGACCUGGUGAACCUGGGCGACGGAGCCGCCUGGCAUGAGAAGUGGAGGAUAAAGCUCACAACUCUUUUCCAUCAGGUGUGGAGUAACUUCUUGACCGUCUUCUCCCCUGAGUACCGCCGCACCACCUACAUGAUGAUGGCCGUGUGGUUCUCUAUGUCUUUCAGCUACUACGGUCUGACCGUGUGGUUCCCCGACAUGAUCAAGUACCUGCAGAAGCAAGAGUACGCCUCGCGCACCAAGUUUUUCUCCAAGGAGAAAGUAGAACACGUCACCUUCAACUUCACCCUGGAAAACCAGGUCCACCGCCAGGGAGAGUACUUCAAUGACAAGUUUAUGAACCUGAAAAUGAGAUCUAUGGUGUUUGAGGACUCACUGUUUGAGGAGUGUUACUUCGAGGACAUCACCUCCAGCAACACCUUCUUCAAGAACUGCACCUUCAUCGCCACCCUCUUCUACAACACGGAUCUCUUUAAGUACAGGCUGGUCAACUGCAAGCUCAUCAACAGCACCUUCCUGCACAACAAAGAAGGCUGUCUGCUCAGCGACGUCAGUGACGAGAACAAUGCCUACAUGGUCUACUUUGUCAGUUUCCUGGGCACCUUGGCUGUGUUGCCAGGCAACAUCGUCUCCGCGCUGCUCAUGGACAAGAUCGGACGGCUGAGGAUGCUCGCGGGCUCCAGUGUGAUCUCCUGCAUCAGCUGUUUCUUCCUGUCCUUUGGCAACAGCGAGUCGGCCAUGAUUGCUCUGCUCUGCCUGUUCGGGGGAAUCAGCAUCGCUUCCUGGAACGCCCUGGAUGUGCUGACCGUUGAGCUCUACCCUUCUGACAAGAGAACCACGGCCUUCGGCUUCCUGAACGCCCUCUGUAAACUAGCAGCUGUUUUAGGCAUAAGCAUCUUCACCUCGUUCGUGGGCAUCACCAAGGCCGUGCCCAUCCUCUUUGCCUCGGGGGCGCUGGCGGCGGGCAGUUUUCUCGCCCUCAAACUACCAGAAACGCGAGGUCAGGUGCUGCAAUAGUGUGGGGCCAACAACUUUCCGGUGGGGGGGGGGGCAGAAGAGUUUUCACCACACUGUGAAUGAAGAGAUCAAGAGCCCUCCAGACCCUUCCCUCUAACCCCUCUCUCAUAUUGAUAUAGUAACGUUUGUGCACAUAACACGACAAAGAAGAGCAGAUCUGUUAUCUGUAAAUAUUUGGAUUAUUUCAUAGGUAAUAGUGAAGCUGUAUCAAACCAUUAGAAUACCUGAAUAAAUGCUGAUCUUAGACGAAUUAAAGUAAAGUAAGAAUAAUAACAGUAAUAUGUUCAGUGAGAGCAUUACGUUUAAUUUCCCUGGAAUCAUUUAGUAAAUUUAAAUUCCCAAUAUAAGAAGAUGGAGCUGGGGUUGGAGGUGAGGGGAUGGGGGUUCUUGAUGAUAAUGAGCCAUGCAAAUAGAGUUCUCUGUUGUCAUCUCCAUUCUUCUGAGCAAAUUCAACUCACCAUGUCAAGUCUUGAGUGCUUUGCCAUUGUUGGACAUAGAAUCAAAAAUGCAACAUUUUAACGCCUUUAUUUGAAGCAUUUUUGACUUUGCAGGGUAAAACCAAGACUCAAGUCUCUUGGCUUUCUCUCAGACAAAGACCUGUCCUCAUCCUUUCUCUCUCCCGGGGUCUUGUGUUGGUGUACAGACUAACUGCCAUUUUUAUAGAUUAUAGAACAUUCCAGGUUUGCUUUUUGUUCUUGUCCUGAUGUGACAAGGAUGUGAUCAAUCGAGCCCCUUUCUCCCUUUAAAAAACAUUGUUUCUGAUCAUCAUGAGAUCAUUCAGAUCAGUUCCCAUGCCAAGUUAAACUAUGUGCUGUCAUGAUUUCAUCACAAGCUCUUUGUUAAAGUAUACAUUUAAAGCACAACCAUUUUGCCAGUGUGAAUGACAUUUUCCUGACUUGAUGAAAAUGUUCAGUAUCUCACACUCAAUCACCAUUUUUCAAUCAUACUGUAUAUCCCUUUGUAAGAAAUGCCUUUUUAGUACCUCUCCUCCCAGGCUUACAGUAUGUCUGUCUCUUAUAAUAUAUGUUUUUGGAGGGUGUUAUGCAUGUCACAAAGUAUGUAUGUACAUUUAUGAAAAUUGAGAGUACAACAUGUAAACAGCGUUUUGGACAACAUCAGCUCAUCGUAUAGUCUGGCUCAUGUCACAGUACAGUGCUUUUAUUCUGAAAAAUUUUACCAAACGCUUCUUAGAGCACACAACACAAGGUGUUCUUAAAUUAGAAAAUAUUCCUUUGUUAACUUAAAUCACACACACACACACACACACACACACACACACACACGAAGAAAAACAAGGUUAUUUAAAAAGAAAACAAACAAAAAAAACAUAUACAUAAUGACUCCACUCUUAGUUUUGAUGGUUUCCGUGCAGGUGUGUAAGUGUGCCAGAGGUGACAGAUAAACUAUAAUCUAAUUGUGUGAACUGAAUGUUUAUAUUAAUGUGAGUGUGCUUCUUAGUGCAAUAUUGAACCUCCGUGCAAUAUUGAUUCCUUUUUCUUAAAUUUUUUAUUUCUUACCAUUUCACAUUUGGCAAACUUUUUUUCUGAUUUGUGAAAGGUCGUGGGGUAGCUGUCUGUGAUUACAUACUGAACCUAAAAGAUACGAUUUUUGCAUUCGGAGAGUAAACUUGAGAGUACAAUUGUUGGAAAAUACUGCACCCAAAGUAAAAACAAACAGCGUAGUUGUUCUAUUUUAAAUUCUUCCAAAUAUAAUAAUAAUAAUAUUUUAAAUUCUUCCAAAUUUGGGAUGUCUUCUGGGCACACAACAUGUUGAACAUGGAGGAUUAAUCGCCGUGGAAAAAGGAUUAUUCUGCUAAUGAGUGCAUGUAUUUGAAGUUUACUUGUGCUUUAUUAUACAAAUGUAGCUAGAUAUAACAGGACAUGAGAUUCACCGUAGAGAACUCACUGCCAAGGGCUGAUUGUCAUAUAUCCCACAUUGGUAACAGCACAGAGUGUUGGCACAUUAUAAUUGCCACAUUCCCCUGAAAAAAAGCAAGAGUGAUAUGUUCACAAUUGCAUGAUAAAAGCAAAACAAUCAUUCACAUAUAAGAUUAACAAAACAAAAAAAGGGUUUCGUUCAAACUGCCAUUUUGUAGGAUAGCAGCCAUACGUAGACUCAAGACAGAAGAAUAACUAGACAACCCAUUGCACUAAAUGUACUCUGUGGUACAUGCACAAUUGUGAAUGCCUUUAGUUCUUCGAUCUGACGAGAUUUAACGAAGAACGAGGCAGCGAGCGUUUAGCAAGAGCACAAAGACCAAAACCAACCAAAUGACAAGAAUAUGAGUGCAGUUGUGAACAUAGGUGCUCGGAGCUUUAAUGACCUGCCCCCUUUACAUUUCACUCCCUCCGCCUCCAAAAAUUUGACACAUCUGACCUGUUAGCCCGUCUAUGAGUGUGCCAUCUGUCAUCAAUUUUUGCCAAAUAUUUUUGUAUGGCCUGAGUUUACACAUUACACCAUCAGUCAAUUCUCCGUUAUAGAUAUGAAUAUAUGUAAAUAAAAAUACUUAUAGAUAGCUCUCGAAACCUUUUGACCCCCUGGAUAUAUAUUGCAGUCAGUCUUUGGGGGUUUUCAGUCACAACUGGACUUAUUAUGGGUAAUGAAAAAGGUUUUAAAACUCAUGUGAGAACCAGCUGAAAUUACAAAAUUUGCCCCGAUUCCAACUUAAAAAGCACACUGAUGAUAUUAUAAAUGUAGAAAUAUAAAAGCUAAGCGUCAGCGGUCCUACUCUCUGUGUGUUGUCCUGUAUCACCCCAUGAAAGCUAAGAACGACGAUGUCAAGAUAACUGUUGUAUUUGUUCAACAUGGAAUGCCGUUAAAGCCCUAAAAACCUGUCUCAGUGACUCAGUUCAGGCUCCGUCCAAGUUAAAACUGUUUCUCGUAGAUACAUAUCUUAGCUUAUGUUACAGGGUUUUUUUGUAUAAUUAACUUGUUGCCUGGACAACAGUCAAAUCGUGAGUGCAAAAAGUUAACAAAGCAAUAAGUGUUUGGGUAUUUGUCUCUUAUUCUCUUCUUUGAAGCUAUUGGGAAUGGGAGCACAUUACUACAUGCUGGCCUUGUCCACUAAAAUGCUGUGUGUUGGCUUAAUAAUGACACGGGACUUUAACAGCUAACAUUCGUGUGUACUCUCUAAAAACAACCCUUAAGUCUUGAGACUUUUGUCAAUAAGAUUGCAUUGCCAUUAAUUAAAUGUAACAAAGAAUUUAUCACCUUUGUCAUCGUACUGUGCUGUAGAAACUGUAGUUGAUUGUUUGUAAGUAUAGAAACUGUUUGUGGAAACCAUGAAUAUAAAAAAAAGUUACAAAAAAAAGAAGUGUAAAUGAACAAUGCUGUAUGUUGUCUUUGAUUUUGUGUAUUUUGUAAAUGAGAAUGAAAUAUAAGUAAAUACAUCAAUGUUAAAAAACGGUUAUGAAUCAUAGUUAGCCUAAAUGUGACAACAUCAGUUCUGUUAAAAAAGGUGUGUGAGAUUUUUUCU